AUGAAGCGCCCACCCCAUAUGCAGACAUCUACAAACAUGAAAAUUUACUCCCACAAUGCAAGGGGCCUCAACACCACACACAAGCGCAGCAAACUACUAGAAGACCUCAAACGGGCCACAGCGGAUCUAGUAUGUAUACAAGAGACACACUUUGUAAAACUUUGCAUCCCUAAAUUUGGCCUUAACGAGUAUCCUAUACAAUUCCACGCAGCACAUACUUCCAAAGCCAGAGGAGUCUCCCUGCUUAUCCACAAAUCCCUCUCCUUUGAGCUACUCAAGCUAAUCACUGAUAGCCAAGGAAGGUUCCUCAUAGUUCUAUGCAUGAUCAACGAGGUUAAGUACACCAUAGUGAACAUAUAUUUCCCCAAUACACAACAAAGAAACUUCCUCCACAAAGUCCUCUCAAAACUUGAGCCCAUCAAAACCGAAUACACGAUGGUCUGCGGGGACCUAAACCAUAUCUUAGACCAUACCUUAGACACAUCCUUGCUUACUUCACAAUCCCACAAACAACACCUCAAACCACAAUGCCAAGCUCUAACGAAACUGAUAAUGGAGUUUAAUCUCUACGACACAUGGAGGGCCCUACACCCAACAGACCAUCAGUACUCUCACUACUCCCAAGUCCACAAAACGCACUCUAGAAUAGAUCACAUUCUCUCUACCAGACCCCUCCUCCGGAGAGCUCUACACUGUGAAAUAGGAGACAUAGUAUGGUCGGACCAUGCGCCCAACAUCAUGUCCAUAUCGACACAGUUUGCAUCCAGAGGGUAUGCCCCCUGGAGAUUGAACGAAUCCCUGCUGCGGGAUGACACCUUCCGUAAUGUCAUCCAAACAGAGUUUACAGAAUAUUUAUCCACAAAUAACAAUAAAAUAACCUCCCCUAUAAUGAUCUGGCAAGCUCAUAAAUCAGUCAUGCGAGGGCUCCUUUUAAGCCGCGCAUCAUUCCUUAAAAA